AUGGCUCCGAAAUCAAAAGCCACCACCUCUUCCUCUGAAUACUCCUUCUCGAACUCUGACACUUCAUCUUCGAGCAACUCUUCGUCUGGAAGGGUGCCUUUCUUCGAAAGAUAUGCCCAACUGAUGCCCAAGACAACCACCAGCGAAGCCAAAGCAACUGUGAAGGAAGCUGAGAACGAGAAGGAUGAAUUGGUAUUUCCACCAAAGAAGCAAAUGUCCCCCAUCACAUCACCCGAGCCUUCGCCUCUCCAAACCAAGUACGAGUCUUCACAGCGAUCUCAGCCGACAAUUCCUACCUCCAAGUCGAUGCCGUUCUCUAAUUUCACAGCGCUUGGGAUCGCCAGCCAACGAAGAGAAGCGUUGACUCGGAUUACGAAGGAGGACCAGAAGCUGCCCAGUUCGACUUCAGCAGCGAGCGGGCUGGACAAACUGAUUGCUAGGGAACACGAAGAACUCUCGCGGAGUGGACGAGACAACGGUCUGCGAAACCUGAGGGCGAUCCAGCCGGAGCCACGAGGCGCGGGUCCCACUGGCAAGAGCUCGUCGACAAGGGCGCGGACGAAUGAGCCGUCGGUGACAGGCUUGGAAGAUCUGAUGGGCGACCUGAUGGCUGAGAUGGAGAAAAAGGCCGAGCAAAGUAGCGAGGAGUAUCAGAAACGGACCCGCCAGCCUGCCAUCAGGAAGAUCCAAGUCCCCGAGACCACCCCCAAACACUCUAGCCCGGAUAGAUUUGGGCAGCAUCAUUACGAAGUCGACACGCCACGGAAAUACCCCUCGGCUUACCCAGAUGACACCCCAAAGUUUCAUACCAGACAACCAUCCGACCCAUCCACUCAUUCGCCCACACCCAGUUCACCUGGCAUUCGGCCGUCAGACUCGAUUUCCCAGCUAGGAUACACGCGCUCUCCGUCGCCGAAGCUGACGAAGACUGCACGCGUGCCGCGGGGAGACGCUGAGCGGAUGUGUCAACGAUGCAUGGAGGCGCCGAUCCGACACGUCAAGAACCCGAAGACGGACGAGGCGCGGCUCUGCUCGGCUUGCUACGCCGAAGUCUAUCUCCCUAAGUGCCGGAAAUGCUCGAAACCUAUCGAACGGGGCGCGGUCACGGACCGGGUGGGCAAAGUGCUUGGCAAAUACCAUGCGAGCUGUUUCAACUGUUUCCAGUGCAAUGCGCCCUUCCCGAAUGGUGAGUUCUAUGUAUGGGAACGAAGACCUGUUUGUUCGAAACAUUACCAUCGGCUGGCGGGCACGACGUGCUGUAACCAGUCCUGUGGCCGGGGGAUCGAAGGGCCCUGCGUGUCGCUUUUCCUGGAUGGGUCGCAGACGGGCUCGGUGGUCUCAGACGACUCUACGGGCUCGAACCCGAUCAGUAACAGUGCGCGCCGGAAGCUGUACCACCCGGAGCACUUCAGCUGUUCGCGACGGGGCUGCACGACGAGCCUGCACGAGUUCCACUUCGUGGUCAACAAGCAGCCCUGGUGCGAGCGCCAUGCGCUGCAGGAGGAGGACAGCCUUCCCAGACCGCUCGGCCUGGCUCACCACUACCCCCUCCCUCCCUCCUCCCGUGAUCCACGAGCUCCUCCGUUUGAUCCCAGACAGCCUCAUCCCUCUUCUCGAAUGCCUCCCGAUCCCAGAGCGGCUGCCAAUCAGCCCCCUCGACGGAUGGAACGCAGAAGGACAAUCAUCCAAAAUGUUCGCAGCCGUUGA